AUGCUCAAAAAUCCAUUGAACCGUAUUCUCACCCCAUUCGUGCUCGGCGUAAUAUUGGAGCAGAAGAUACGAAGAUGGCGAAGUAAAAAUGUAUGGUAUGGGAGAGUCUUGGAGACCAUUCAACAGAGACCGAUCACCAAGACGAGCACGAAGCCCAACCAGGGAACGACCUCGCAGCCCUCGCCCACGAAGCCCCCUACCCGCCUCGGACAGCUAUGUGCCCGGAAGGUCGCCUCGACGUCGGUCGCGUAG